GUACGCACGGCUCGUAGUGCACGUAGCGUACUGGCAGCUCACACUAGCCAUUUCAAACCUUCCUUCGCUCCCGGCUCGUUCUCCCACGGCUAUAUAUAACGCCGAUGGCUCGGCACCAGUGCUCCCCUGCUUCCACAACCAACCAGUCCGGCGUCAAGUGAGCACUGACUGAGCUACCCAUGGAUCAUGGCGGCGGCGGCAGGAGUAGCAGCCGCCUCCGGGACCGGCUGGCCCGGAUGUUCCGUCCGGGCUCGCUGCUCCGCUCGACCUGCAACAACAACACCGCGUCGACCUCCUCUUCCUCCUCGUGCUCGGCCGCGGCGGGCGCGGCAGCCGACGGGGUGACUGCGUCCAAGCCGCCCCCGAGCUCCGCCUGCUCCUCCAGCCGCGCGCUCUUGCCCGCCGACUCCGCCAUCUCCCGCGACAGGGACUCGUUCCUCACCUCUUCUCGCCGCGACUACGCCACCAUCGUCGGCCGCACCGAGUCCUUCUCCAACGCCCUCGACCGCGUGCACCGCCGUGCCGGCGCCGCGGUGCAUUCUCUGCCGCCUCCGGCUCGCUUCUCCAUGCACGCGUCGCCUCUGAUGGAGAGCAAGAAAAAGAGCCCUCUCCACGGUCAUCGGCACCACCGCCACCGCCUCGGUGGCCGGGUCAAGGGCGACAAGAGCAAGAAGAUGUUCUCCAACAACCCCUAUGGCUUCAGCACCUCGGACACUGACGGCGACGACGUCUUCAGCAGCGACGCUGACGAGCGCAGCCGCAGCGACGCCAAGAAGGGGGACGCGGAGGCCUUCUUCUCCUCCUCCAGAAGCUUCUCCUUCUCCUCCGACUCCUCCGAGUUCUACAGCAAGAAGAAGAAACCAAAGAAGAAGUCCCCUGCCGCAGUGGCGCCCAAGCCGCCGCCGCCGCCGCCGAGAGCGAGGGCGAGGGGGCAGAGGCGCAAGAAUCGCGUGGCGAGCAGCUGCGACACGUGCGGCGUGAGGGAAGGGUUCCGGCCGGUGGUGUCGGCGGCGGAGGAGCAGGUGCGCAGGGGGUUCGCGGUGGUGCAGCGGUCGCGGGACCCCUACGCCGACUUCCGGGCGUCGAUGGUGGAGAUGGUGGUGAGCCGGCAGAUGUUCGGCGCGGCGGAGCUGGAGCGGCUGCUGCGGUCGUACCUCUCGCUCAACGCGCCGCGCCACCACCCCGUCAUCCUCCAGGCCUUCUCCGACAUCUGGGUCGUCCUCCACGGCGGCUAGCUAGCGAUCUCACUGGCUAUCCACUCACUCACUCAGUUAUUAAUCCAGCCCCAGGACGUUUCCUUAACUACCAGUAGGACUCUGUCAUAAUUAAUCAUGCUCUGCGUUCAUGAUUAGCUCCAACGAUGUUCAUCAGUUUGGUCUUAGUUUUAAUCUUGGCUGUAACUGGCCGUGCGGUUCUGCUGUAAUGUACUCCUAGUAGUAGUACUACUGUUCUUGGCUCUGACCCAGUGUGCAAAAGCUAGCUUCUGAUUUGGAAUUGGAUUCAGAUUUGGCCA